GGCUGUCACAGUGGAAGAGGAGGAGGUAGAAGCUUUCAGAAUGAUAAAGGAGGAAGAGGAGGAUGUUACAGUAAAAGAAGAGGAAGAACCUUUUAGAGAGGAAGAGGGCAUCUCAAUAAAAGAGGAGGAGGAGACAGAAGAUGUGAUUAACACCAGAGAAAGACCAGACUCAGAGGAACCAGAGCCAGAGACGUAUAAAUCAGCAAGACCACACCACUGCUCCCACUGCGGGAAGAGUUUUACCGAGUUAGGGCACCUGAAAGCGCAUGAGAGAAUGCACACAGGGGAGAAGCCUUACCAAUGCUCCCUGUGCGGAAAGAGUUUUUCCUUGUCGGCAAGCCUGAAAAGACAUGAGAGGACACACACAAGAGAUACGCUUUUCCAAUGCUCUCAGUGUGAAAAUAGUUUUUCCUUGUUAGCAAGCUUGAAAAGACAUGAGAGGAUACACACAGGUGAUAAGACUUUCCACUGCUCCCAGUGUGAAAAGAGUUUUACACGGUUAGGGAACCUGAAAAAACAUAAAAGAAUACACUCAGGAGAGAAGCCUUUCCAAUGCUCCCAGUGUGAAAAGGGUUUUACAGAGUUAGGGAACAUGAAAAGACAUGAGAGGACACACACAGGAGAUAAGCCUCAUCGCUGUUCCCAGUGUGGAAAGAGUUUUACCCAGUUAGGACACCUGAAAGUGCAUGAGAGAAUACACACAGGGGAGAAGCCGUACCACUGCUCCCAGUGUGGAAAGACCUAUUCCUCAUCACGGUCACUUAAAAGUCAUGUGAGAAUCCACACAGGAGAGAAGAAGCCUUACUUCUCCUAGUGUGUAAAUUGAUAUUUCACAUCACAUUGACUUAAUUACUUCUCCUAGUGUGUAAAUUGAUAUUUCACAUCACAUUGACCUAAUUACUUCUCCUAGUGUGUAAAUUGAUAUUUCACAUCACAUUGACCUAAUUACUUCUCCUAGUGUGUAAAUUGAUAUUUCACAUCACAUUGACCUAAUUACUUCUCCUAGUGUGUAAAUUGAUAUUUCACAUCACAUUGACCUAAUUACUUCUCCUAGUGUGUAAAUUGAUAUUUCACAUCACAUUGACUUAAUUACUUCUCCUAGUGUGUAAAUUGAUAUUUCACAUCACAUUGACUUAAUUACUUCUCCUAGUGUGUAAAUUGAUAUUUCGCAUCACAUUGACUUAAUUACUUCUCCUAGUGUGUAAAUUGAUAUUUCGCAUCACAUUGACUUAAUUACUUCUCCUAGUGUGUAAAUUGAUAUUUCGCAUCACAUUGACUUAAUUACUUCUCCUAGUGUGUAAAUUGAUAUUUCACAUCACAUUGACUUAAUUACUUCUCCUAGUGUGUAAAUGGAUAUUUCACAUCACAUUGACUUAAUUACUUCUCCUAGUGUGUAAAUUUAUAUUUCACAUCACAUUGACUUAAAGUUCAUCAGAGAACAUACGCAGUGCUCCCAUUGUCUUAUAUUGUUGACUGAGAAUGUGUUUACUUGUUUAUACCAUAUGAAAUGUAAUUAUACAAAGUAUACUCAAAAAUAUAUUUGUAUGUUUUUAUUAGAAAACAUGAAUUGAAUAUGGAGUGUGUCAGUUUGAAUACAGAGUAGAUCAGAUUCCAUGUGUUUAAAUGGUCCUUUUUUAAACUCUGACUGUGUGUUUAUCUGGGUGUGUCAUUCCUCCAGCUCUACAGCUAAUCAAGUGAUAUUUGGAUGUGAUGCAUUGGCUCCAUUGUUUACAUUUGCAUUGAUGGCCCACUGAUGAUUUAUAUCUUACAGAGUGUGGCUUUAAGGCAGGGGUGUCCAA